UUUUCUGAAGUUGGAUUUUAUGUAUGUUAAUCCUGCGUAAAAUAGCAUUGGUCUGCCCAGAGUUAUGAUGUAUUUAGUUACCAUUGAUUGUACCUCAGCACAGCAAACACCGAGAAACAAAUCAUUAAGUAAAACUGACUUUUUUCUGAAAGAUGAAGUCAAUGGGCUGAGGUGCUUCCACAGCUGUUGUUAUUGGUAGGAUUCAGAAGCACAAUGUUCCACUGGAGACGACAUGGCUCCUAUGAGCUGGAGACUAUCCCUUGCUCACAGAGUGAACUGAAGACAGAGAAGUACACCUGGAUUUCACUCAUGGACAUCACCCAAGUUACCUGUGGUGAGAAACCUGUACAGGAGGAGAAAAGUGUCAUUUUGUGCCAGCACCCCAACUGUCCAGAACGCCAACUCGCCACCAAGGUGUGUCACCAUCCUCUGUGUCAGGAAUUAAGGGACAACAGCCCACUGCACCUCUGUGAGUCAUGUGACUCACGCAGCCACCCAGUUGCUGGUGGCAACAUGCACUUUGAUAGGCAUCCGCGCUUUGACCUGCAACCUCAAGGUUCCAUCCUGGCUCGCAACGUAUCCACUCGCUCCUGUCCCCCCCGCACUGGCCCCCCCUCUGACCUGGAGGAGGGGGAAGAAAUGGGCUGUGAUUUGGGGGAUCGCAAGAGUGGCCCUAUAAAACUAGUGAAAAAGAAAGCAAGAAGGCGAUACACAGAUGACCCCAGUAAAGAGUGCUUCACUCUAAAGUUCGACUUAAACAUGGACACAGGCAUGGAAAUAGUGCCAGCAGUAAAAAAGAAGACAUUAAGGGAGGUUCUGGGCACGGUAUUUGAGAGGAAAGGGAUAGAACUGUCUCGUGUCAAUCUGUUUCUGGACCAGUCUAACACUCCUCUCUCACUGGGCUUCGAGGCCUACCGCUUUGGGGGUCACUACCUUCGAGUACGAGCACGUCCGGGAGAGGAGCUGAGGGUGGAGAGGGGGGUGAAGGACCCUCGCUCUCUCAGUCUUCCUAUCAUGAGGCCAAGCAGUCACAGUGCCUCCACUGAUCGUGUGGAGCAUUGCUCUCUGGGACGACGAGAGGCAGCGGAUCUGCUUGUAAGUUUGACCCGCAGGCCGCAGACCCUGGGGCUGGUGGCUGCCCGCGUGCAGCGAUUCGAGGCUGGGAUGACCCUUCCUAUCAGCCCUGUGUCUGUGGGCUCUCCCUCCCCUACAAGCUGCCCUUCUGAUCUACCAGGACAGACUAAACAAGGAAACAAGGGUCAAGCACGUCGGCGGAAGAACAUGACAGAGUUCUUGGGUGAUGCCAGCAUCCCUGCUUCAGACACUGUCUCCCAGCUGAGCGGUUCCCUCCCAAACUCUGCCACAGGAGCUGACAGGUGGAAGAACCGGGCAGCCAGUCGCUUCAGCGGCCUUUUCAGCUCUGGUUCAGGCAACGGCUCUGUCGGCAAGGAGUGUGAUCGUGUAGAGCAGUUACAGAGUAAACUUCACUCCUACACUGUGUUUGGACUACCUAAAAUGCCUCAGCAACUCUCCUUCCACAGAGAUUCUUGGGAGGAGGAGCCUAAUCUAGAGCUAGAGGAGAGCUGGAAAGAGUUACUGGAGAACCCUGAGAUGUUACCCAAACGACAGUGUCACCAGCAGGAAGCCAUUUGGGAGCUUCUGCAGACAGAGUCGGACUACAUUAAGAAAUUGCACGUCAUCACUGAUUUGUUCCUCUGUGGACUGUUGAACCUGCAGGAGAGUGGACUGCUGAGUGAGGUUGAGCCUGCCCGUCUUUUUGGGAACAUUCAGGAAAUUGUGCUACUGCACACUUCACUGUGGACUGAGGUCUUGCUGCCGAUGCUGCAGGGGGCCAGACAGAAACAUGCCCUGCUUGACCCUAUGGACCUGCAUCAGGGAUUUAGCACUUUUAGUUACAGAUUUAAGCCGUACAUCCGUUACUGCAUGGAGGAAGAGAGCUGUAUGGAGUACAUGCGCACUUUACUGAAGGACAACGAGCUGUUCAGGAUCUAUGUGACUUGGGCAGAGACCCAUAAGCAGUGUAGCCGACUGAAGCUGACCGACAUGCUAGUAAAGCCUCACCAGAGACUUACCAAGUACCCCCUACUUCUGAAGAGUGUGCUGAAAAAGACUGAUGACCAGGGAGCACGAGAGGCCGUUAAUAGAAUGAUUGCUGCAGUGGAAGGCUUCAUCAACAAUGUGGACUCUCAAAUGAGGCAACGAGAAGAGAAACACAAGUUGGCAGCCAUUGCUAGCCGCAUUGAGGCCUAUGAAGCCGUGGAAGGCGCUAGUGAGGAAGUAGAAAAGAUCCUCAAGGAGUACAAUCAGUUUGACCUUAGUGCUCCAGUGAUGGGUGCCUCACCAGAAGAGACACGGCAACUUCAUCUGGAGGGAGCACUGAGGAUGAAGGAGGGGAAGGAGAGCAGGAUGGACGUGUACUGUUUCUUGUUCACGGAUGUGCUGUUGAUCACCAAACCAGUGAAGCGUGUAGAGAAGGUGAAGGUGAUUCGCCAGCCGCUGGUCAUUCAGAAUGUGGUCUGCAGGGAGCUGAAGGACCCAGGAGCCUUUCUUCUCAUCUACCUCAAUGAGUUCCGCACUGCUGUGGCCUCUUAUUGCUUUCAGGCUAACAGUGCCACACAGGGACGCAGCUGGGUCGAGGCCAUCUACAAUGCUCAGAAUCAGCUUGAGAGACUUCGCUCUGAAUCACAGAGGGAUGAGAGAGAUGAAGAGGAAGAGGAUGAGACAGAAAGCAGCAUGUCCACAUCCAGUUCCCCUUCUCUGCAGCAUAAAGAACCACUAGGCAAGAGCCAUUCUCUCUCACCCAGCCAUUCGGAUGGGUCCACCGAAACCCUCUCAGUAGUUGCAAUAGAUGAGCAAGAUGAUUUAAGAUCCUCAUUGCCCCUGGAGACAGAGCCAGCGUCUCUCAGAGGUUCACUGCACUCUGAUUCAUCAAGCCCACGCGACUCACUUUCCACCAAUGACAGCCGAGCUCUGGAGGGGCUAAAAGAUCUGGUUGCCAUGGAGCUGGAUCCAGAGAGUCGUUCUUUGUCUAUAGACAGUGCCUAUGGAACCCUCUCUCCUGAGUCUCUGAUUGCUGAGUUGGAGUUGAAGGGAGCGGUGGAACAGAGUGAAGGAGAGGAGACAGAUACCGGGGAGGAAGAAGAAGCUUUUGAGGAAGAUGAUGAUGCUGACAAUGAUGAUGACGAGGCGGAUGAAGAGGACUCAACAGCCUGGAAUGGCUCUCAAGUUACUGUUAACGAGUCAUGCACCUUGGACGAUUAUUCAAACCUCCUGGAGGAGCAGGUGGAGGAAGCAGAGGAGACGAAAGAUGCAACAAAUGGCCAACAGGAUUUGAGUUGUCGCUCACUAACAUUGCGGCGCCGUUCCCCUGUCCAGCCCCGCCCGGACUACUUGCAGCACUUUGCCCUCAGAUCACAAUCUGAGGACGACCUACUUCAGCGACUCGCCGCACCGUUGCACUCAAGAGCAACCUGGAGUGUCAGGAGCAACCGCAACAUCAGCAAGAGCCUGUCACAGCUACCCAAACAGGUGCAGUACAGCAAUGAGCACCUACGGGUAGAGGAGGGGCAGCCAAUACAGAACCCCAUCACUGUGCCCGACAAAGACAUGAACACUUUGAUGCAAGCAGAGUCUCGGCUCGUGCACAGGGCCCUGAGCUGUCCUAAUGGCCAGGUCGAGAGUGAGAGAGCAUCAGCCAGUGGUGCUUUGGAAGAAAAGGGUGACAUGAUGGCAUUCCAGCAGCAUCACCAGCAGAGGAAGCUGACCAGAGCUCAGCUGCAAAGGAUACGCACUACCAUGGUGCUCAAUUCCACACUCACUGCCUCGGAGGUAUAGUGUGAACUUAAGCAAAUGCCAUUAGCUGGUCUAUUGGUGAUCUGUACAUUGCACCAACACCGUCACCGGUAUCAACAGCAGGGAUCUCUGUAGCUGUCCAAGAGGAUAAGGACUUAAGAAUGAAGGAUCUCAGUGGAAUGCAUUCAGCAGCGCGUCACUGAAAGUUCAGUGACCAUAAAUUGGCACAUCAAUGAUAAUGUUCUUCCAAAGUCUUUUUUCACAGUUGUGGUUUGGUUUUGUAUGAAGAUAAGACCUACUAAAAAAAGAAAAUACAUUGGAAUGAGGAAAACAACUAUGUUUUACUUUGUAUCAUAAACUGUACCUUUCAAAGGGCUAAAUAGAACUUUUUGUGGUCUGGACCCCAUUUGCGGACUACUGUGCCAUCAAAAUUGUGCUAUCAAUCAAGGCUAUUAAGACAAAAGUAUUGAAUGUUUUUUAUCUUAAGGCUACAUCUCCACAGUCUCAAAAAAUGAUUUAUCAAAAAAAUGCACAUUUGUGUAUAAAGGCAGUUUUCCAGGUGAACCUUACAUUCAACCUUACAUACAGUUGAAACUUUCAUUCCAUUGUGGAGCUGCAAAAGUGCAAGAGGUAACAAAGUCUUGUGCUGACAAGUUGCGAUUGUAUAAGCUCAAGUUUAUAUUUUUUAAAGUAAUCCUCUUUGAUCUGUGAUGACAGUCAUUGUUCUUUAUUCCAGAUUGCACUUGAAAACAAAAAACAAUCAAAUAAAAUUUGAAGAUAAAGAGCAAAUGAAUAAACACAGAACAACAUUUACUUGGAGAUGUUUCUUGGAGAUGACCUCCUUUGUAAAUUACCCAAGUCAAGGGAAGGGCGUUAAAGCUGUAGAGUUAUACUGCCCCUUGUGGGUAUCUAACAAUAUUGAAAGAUUUUGUGAACAUAGGAUGAUUGAUCCAUUUAAUAAUAAUCAUCAAAUUAUUAACCAGAAACCAAAUAGUUUUUCAAACUACCUUCAGAGAGACUACAUGUCCCUAAAACUGAUAAAAAGCUACAAGACUUAAGGGAAAAAACACAUGAGAAAAGGGAGACAAAACAUUAGAUAUUUGGCUUAUACAAGUGUGAGGAAUUCAGAGACAUUUGUAGGCCACCUUUUUGAUAUGAAGCUACAGUAAUCAACAUACAUGGGUUUGCUCUUUGUUUAAUGUACUGUAAAUUUAAUAUUUAUUGCUUCAUUGUUUAUCGAAAAAUAUCUCUAUUGUUAGGUUUUGAUUGUUUUUCAUUAUUGUUUGAAAUAUCAACAUGUAGCAUUGUUUUUUUUUUCACCUUUUUGACAACAUUCUAAUAAAAUAAGGGCUGAAUCCAUAUCCCUUUGUCUUAAGUUUUGAUCCUCAUCAGUUUAUUGCUGAUAUGUGUCCUACUGCAUUGACUUACAAAUAAAACGAUCAAGCUGCCAAAAUCCA